AUUGCUCCUCAUGAGGAGCCUCUUCUUCAUAAUAUGUCACAAUGCUUACCAGAUGACGCAAUCAUGCCACGCGAUAUUGGACCCUCCAGUAACAAAACAGGUACAUAGACAUGGCAUACUCUUGAUCUAG